GACGAUGCGGACGAGGAUGAACCGGGGACAGCGACCGGAGCGGGGCCGGGGGGAGCCGGGACCACCCGGAAAGGCAUUCAGGAGAAAGUGCGUCCUUGCCGACCACCACACCUGAGAGCAGCCCGCGCCGGGCCCGAGGUGACGAUGGCGGCCGAAGGGCUGUGGGGGCCGGGCGGCCCCCCCGGCUGGGAGCUGGAGGGGUGGUACCAGGACCUGCAGGAGGUGCUGGCGGCGGAGCCCCCCGGAACCGCCCCCACCUGGGCGGAUGAGCAGGUGGAACCGGGCCCGGGGAGCUGCGGGCUGGACCUGGCUCUGGCCGAGGAGCUGCUGGAGCUGCUGGGGCCGGAGGGAGCGGCUCCGGCGGAACCCCCGGGCGCGGCCGCCGGCGGGAGCGGCCCGGCCCGGGCGGGCCCCGCCGAGGAGGAGGAGGAAGAGGAGGAGGCGCGGGGGGCGCGGAGGAAGCGGCGCGGCGGCCCCGGAGCUCCGCGGGAGCGGGAUGGGGAGCAGCGGGUGCGGGAGCUGACGGCGCAGAACGAGCGGCUCCGAGCGGAGAUCCAGCGGCUCAGCGCCGAGGUGCAGCGCACCCGCGCCGCGCUCAUCGACCGCAUCGUCAACCUGCGCCCGGUGCAGGGACACGGAGCCACCGCAUCGUGCGGCUGAGCCGCGGGAAGGCGUCAGCGCUGCCCCACAACUGGGGACAAGGACUCUGCUGCCCCACGGACUGGGAGGGGGCAGCCCUACGGAGAGAUGGACUCUGCUGUACAGCUCCUGUCGUUUAUUACACACAUCUAAC